AUGGAGAUGUAUAAGAGAGACACAUUUCUUUUCCUUUUCCUAGCCAUCUCCUCAGUGGCAACGAGCACAAGUCAAUGGAUGCCAAUGGAGGGCAACAAUGCUGCUAGCUAUUGCUUAAGCUGGAGACUAGCAAUCGAAACCAACAAUGUACGCAUGUGGCGGAUCGUUCCUCCGCAAUGCAUGCGUUACGUUGAGGUAUAUAUGCUUGCUGGUCAGUACGACAGAGACGUUCAGUUGAUUGUGGAACAAAUCAAUGUUUAUCUCAAUGAGAUACAACUUCCUGGUGAUGGCAUGGACGCAUGGAUCUUGGAUGUUGAUGAUACUUGCUUCUCAAACCUCUUUUACUAUCGGCUUAAGAGAUACGGAUGUGACCCUUAUGAUCCAACCGGAUUUAGAACAUGGGCGAUGAGAGGAGGCUCACCAGCAAUAGAGCCUGUUCUUGAGUUGUUCAAUAAACUGAUAGAAACAGGAUUCAAAGUUUUCCUAGUAACCGGUAGAGAUGAAGAGACUCUUCGUCAGGCAACAGUAGAAAAUUUGGAGAAUGAAGGAUUCACUGGUUAUGAAAGGUUGAUUAUGAGGACAGCAGAAAACAAAAGACAAAACGCUACAACAUACAAAGCAACAAUUAGAAAGCAAAUGAUGGAACAAGGUUACAGGAUAUGGGGCAAUGUAGGUGACCAAUGGAGUGACUUACAAGGAGAAUAUUCUGGGGAUCGCACAUUCAAGAUUCCUAACCCUAUGUACUUUGUUCCCUAG